AUGGAGAGCACCAUCGACGACAACUCAACUCCCAAUCCUGGCGGCCAACGCGAGGGCGAUUCCCCUUCAGGGGAAUCCGCCCAUGUUUUCAAGAGGGUAAGGGCGUGCACCGCAUGCCGCAACAUGAAGAUCAAAUGUGUUUCCGUCCCAGGCUCAAGAGACUGCGAGGCCUGUCUCAGAUUCUCGAGACCUUGUCAGGAUCCUGGGCCCCCCAAGGCACGCGCAAGGCCUUCACAGAGAUUUUCCGAGCUCGAGAAGAAGAUUGGCGCGUUGACGAACGCGUUAUACUCUGAGCGGCUACGAAACCAGCAGCUGUUCAUCCAGAGAGCUGGCGACCCGCAGUGGUCCAGAACCCCAGACUCCGAUUCUCGGGAUACCGACGGCUCAUCGCCGACGCGGCCGGGUCGGGAUUCAGUACCCGGCCUGGGGCAUGGCGGGAUCGACAUUGCAGCAUCCGGCGACGUCUUCAGCCAGGGAUUGGUAGAUAUGCCCACCGCUGUUCUCCUGUUCAACCACUGGAAUAUCUUCAUGCGGCCGUUCAUGCCAAUUAUUCAGUUCUCGCCCGAGGAGGAUGUGUCCGUUCUUCGUGCAGAGAAGCCUAUCUUGCUCCUAGUAAUUAUGAUGAUAGCCAGCACAUCAAUUAGGCCCCAUCUAGUGCCGCAUUUUCUGGCCCGCCUCAACGACACUCUCGCUCAGGAGGUCUUUAUACAGGGCGCUCGAUCGCUUGACCUGUUGCAGUCUAUGGUCCUCUUCUCCCAAUAUUACAUCCAACCGCAACACAUCAAGACGUUUGCAUUACCCCACCAUAUAUAUAGCGCCGUGGUCAUGGCCCACGAUCUCGGCUUGGAUGAGGUGCCCGCACCGAACGAGACCGACAAUAGGAAUAAGGCGAAUGACUACAGAACUCUCCUAGCAGUCUAUCUUGGAGCGUCAAGUACAGCGACACUUUUGCGACGGCAUCAACCCAUUCAACCUACAUCAUCGUACCGGGCAUCCGUUGAUGCUCUGAGGCGACACUCCACGAGAGACAAGGACGACGAAUGGCUGUGUAGCCUAGUCGGCUUACAGGAAAUCUUUGACGAGGUUUCGAAAACGUUGAACGCCUCCUCUCACCUUACGGACCAAUCGUUCGAUGAUUUUAGAACACAGCAUCUGCUGAGUAUUUUCCGACAACGAUUGGCCGACUGGAAGCAAUCCUCCUCGACAGACAUCAACCCGCACCUUACGGCAUAUGCUGCAUCCAUAGCGGAGCUUUACAUCCACCAAGUUGCCAUCCGAGUUUACAAUCGCCGGAUGUUUCCUCCCCCUCAGGACAAGGACAGAGAGAGCUCGGGAAGACCACGACAACCGUUCACUGCGACGCAUACCGACGCGCUCUGCCUCUGCUUGAAGGCUAGCGCGACGGCUCUGGACAUCUACCUCUCUCUGGAUGAUGCGACCACGCGCUAUCUUCCUAACAUAUUCCUCACCUGGGGCAUGUGUGCCGCGGUAUGCCUGACAAAAUUGAGUCAUUUUGCCGCGAACCUGUCACUACCUGCCACGGCCGGCAAUGAUCGCGACAACCCACCGUCUCCCGCGAGCUAUCUUGACGCAUUGAUCCAAAGGGUUGCCAAUCUAUCCCAGAAUGGGUAUUUCCCACAAUCACGACCAUUUCUAACCGCCUUCCAAAAGCUCAAAAUAUGGUAUUUGCAGAAAAGAACGGUCUGUAUCAAUAACAGUAGGGGAGAUUGUGCCGGCGGAAGCCCCGGCCCCGUCCACGAUAUUGUUGGGACACGAACUCCUCCGGCCUCUCCACCGGCUACGCACGCACACGUUACUAGCACACCAUCCUCAGCCCAGCCGGAUUCGCGAGCAUCGUCAGACAACCAAAUGAAGCCUCGCCAUGGGUCAGGCUUCCCCAGAGCAGCGCCCGAGGUUCCACAAAUUGGCCAGCAAAAUCUUGAUUGGGGUCUGAGUUCCUACUCGCUGGACCGUGUUGACAUGGAGAAUGGCACAGCGAUAGAUACCACAACUUCUGACCCCGGCUAUGACCCGGACUACCUACUUAGUAAUAUGGACGAGAUGGAACUCAACCUGAGCGGUAUGAAGGACUUGGAUGCCUUGAUGAUGCAGACUGACGAUGGGGAACUUUGGUCCUUGCUACAAUAA